AUGUCGUGUGUGUGUUAUCGUUGAGAGUAGCUUGGUGAGAAUCGGAUCCUGAAGUUACCUUGUGUUUACGGACUUCAGAGGAUGCGGUCGGUUUUAAACCCUUUAUUCUGACACCACAUCCCGGUAAACCGACAACCCCCGAGCCCUGGAGUGGCUGACGAGGCGGAGCGAGGUAGACUGAGUCAUUUCUCUGACAGCCUCUUACUUUUUGGAGGCCUGGGGACAAGUGCAGUUCAGCUAGCCACAAGUAGCCACCAUGUCGUGGGAAGAAAUGCAGUGUUUUGUGGCGUCACCCCUGCCCCGGCAGACGGCUCUCUGAUCCCAUCGGACCGGAAAACUACCAGACGUAACUCAGCUGUCAUCUAAGCUAACGUUAGCCAACCAUUAGCACUGUCUGGCUCUCAACACGGUAGCUUGUGCUUUAGCCUGCUAGCUUCAGAGCUAUGGCGGACAGCUUCGGAGAGAAGUCCAGUGGCGGUGCCCUUGGCUCAGGCGUCACCGGACAUGGCAGCGGAGCCCCGCUGCUGCCGACUCUGGCCAACUCUCUUCCCGGGGGGGGCUCGGUAGCCACCGGUGAUCACCCGAGCUCCAGCCCGGCCUUCCCCCCUCCCGCUGCGGUCGUCCACAGUGGCCUAACCACGGUAAUGGCACCCUUGUCCGCUGUCACUGCUACCGCUGCCGGGUUUGGGACCACAUUCAGCUCCGGUAACCUGCCACCGAUCGUGGCCGUGUCGCCAUCCUUACACACCGUCUCACCUCUCCCCGGUAUCGCGCUGGGUGUCGGCGGGGUGGCAGGAGCGGGCCUCCUAUCCCAAAUCCACACCACUCCCUGGGACCCGACCCUCAGUACGGACUGGGACAACGAGAAGGCUUCCCAGCAGUGCAUCCUGAGGAUAAAGAGGGAUAUCAUGUCAAUCUACAAGGAACCUCCCCCAGGGAUGUUUGUCGUUCCUGAUCCUCAAGACAUGACCAAGAUCCACGCACUUAUCACAGGGCCAUUUGACACUCCAUAUGAGGGCGGCUUUUUUCUCUUCCUGUUCCGCUGCCCACCUGACUACCCCAUCCACCCACCCCGGGUCAAGCUCAUCACCACGGGACACAACACAGUCCGCUUCAACCCCAACUUCUACCGCAAUGGCAAGGUUUGCCUUAGCAUCUUGGGGACAUGGACUGGCCCAGCAUGGAGUCCAGCUCAGAGCAUCUCAUCUGUCCUCAUCUCUAUCCAGUCUCUGAUGACAGAGAACCCCUAUCACAACGAACCUGGCUUUGAACAGGAGCAUCACCCAGGAGACAGUAAGAACUACAACGAGUGUAUCCGCCAUGAAACCAUGAGGGUGGCAGUGUGUGACAUGCUGGAAGGCAAAGUCUCCUGUCCAAAAGCUCUGUGGAGUGUGAUGGAGAAGUCCUUCCUUGAAUACUACGAUUUCUACGAGGGAGUCUGCAAAGAGAGACUGCAUCUACAGGGACAGAACAUGCAGGACCCAUUUGGUGAGAAGCGUGGUCGUUUCAACUACCAGGGCCUGCAGGCUCGCCUCAGCACCACCCACAGGCAAAUACGGGAGAAAAACCUGGCAGAGGGCGACCCCAACAAUGAUGACUCGGACUCAGACACCAGCUCCUCAGGGACAGACCCUGACAGCCAGGGCAGCACUCUGCCCUGACUCUCAGGACGGUUCUGGACUCAAUGCCAGGCCGAUAACUGGCCCUUUUAAAGGGACCUUUUUUUUUUUUAUUUACAGUGGAGGAACAAAAUCACAGAGAUCGCAACACCAAAUGUUUAAGGCAGCCUAGACAAAAGCAUACUUCUUAUAUGCAAUUCUCCAGCCUUGCUGCCGUGGUGGGCCUGUCGCCCUCCACCCUGGUGUCACUGCUGGUCUUGGCUCUGCGCCCGCCCUCCAGUGGCUAGCCUCGAUGCACACCGGCACUGAACUAGCUUCCCACCCAUUAUGGUCAGAGGUCCUACAUUUUGUUGGGGGGAGAGCCUCCCUCCAUUUGCUCCACUCCACCUUUAGUUCUCUCUCACCGCUUCAUGUCACUAAUAAGGCUCUGGUCCAUCCCGGUGAUGCCACUGCCAUCCCACUUCCACUUGAUUGAGCAGACUCCACUCAAGCUAUAGCAUCUCAUUUCACCUCUGCGUUUCAACCACCCGUUUCCACAGUAUAUCAGACUGCAUGCUACUCCUUGACUGGAACCAAGCAGCGUAGUAUGCUUCAAGAAGCUGUCAAAAGAUGCUAAAGAGGUUUUCCUCAGCGAAGCCUUCUUGCCGCCCCCUACACAGACCCUCCAGCCUCAACCACCGUCCUCAUCAUAGUCGGUGUGCCUGUUACUCAGUCCGGGCAGCUUGCACACAUCUCCUCCCUGCCCUAACACCAUCACACUCGUCCCUUGGACAAACGUACUUAUGACCUCCAUCACAAGAAUAGCGCUGCAUGUUGGGCUGAACACAUAUCUCAUCAGGAGUCUGAGCCCAUCAAAAACUAAAUGAAUCGUUAUGGUGUUAAAUGAUUGUGGAAAAUUUGUUUUCAUGUCUCUAGCCCCAUUCCUACCCUUGGUCAAGGAGUGCAAACCUGCCUCCACUCCACAGGGAUUUUAUAGACUGUUGCUGUGUGAUCGGGCUUUGCUCUUCAGAAGAGAUGGGAUUCAUCCCAACAGGCAGGCUAGCUGAAUGGCGUCGGCUAAUAUUCAGCAUGCGGUCCAGUCCUCUCAAUGUGCAUGACUGUUUGAGAUCACCAGCCCACGUCAUUCAUUCUUAACAGCACAUAGUUCUCUAUUCUACGCUGCCAUCUAAAAUCAUUAGCUCCCCCUGCCUGAAUUGAUUUCAGAAGAGCAAAAAUUAGCAGUCGUUGGUGAUCGAAUUACUUGGGUGGUGAGGUGUCUGCAUGGGUUUUAUUUUAUGUUCCAGCUUCCUCCCACAGUCUGAAGACAUGCAGAUUGGGCUUAGAUUAAUUAUAGACUCUAAAUGACCAUAGGUGAUAUCGUGAAUGCUUGUUUGUUUUGGGUCUGUAAUACGCCUGCGACCUGUUCAGGGUGUAUCCCGCCUCUCGCCCAAUGUCGGCUAGGAUCGGCUCCAGCUCCCCAUGCAAACAUCAAUGAAUGAAUCGCAGUAUAUAUGAUGAUUUCAAUACUUCCUAUCAUGUUAUGUUUUGUCCGACAAAAUGCAUCAGCCAAUUUUAUUCCUCAUGGUCUACCCACCCUCCAUAACCCAACGGCACUUUCAUCUGGGAAUUCUCAGACUAGCUGAUGCUUUUUGAGCCAUGUGCCUUGUCUCCUCUGGCCAGGGUGAAACCACACCUCACCUCUUCAGACUGGACUUCAGCUGCCCUCACGGCAGACCGCAUUUAAUCAGCAGCUCUGGACUAUUCGUAACAAUGAUUCCUGUGUAUUAUGCAGUUCUGCUUAGCUUUCAGUUAAUGACUCUGUUUAGCAGAAAAAGAAGCUGUUAAAGAAAAAAAAAAAACAGACUUCAUAGUCUGUUUGCUGUUGUUUUCUCAGUGUCAUGCUGAAACAGAUGAUAACUUUCUAUGUGUCGGUUUUAUCUGUGUCCAUCGCUGCUGCUUGUGAGAUAAAAAACAGACCACGCUGUUCUUCAGCAGGUAUAUUGGAACUAAUGAAGGCCGAGAAGAGGGGACCUUUCUGUUGUUUAUUACACUGCGGGUAACUCAAGAUGCUCUGUCUGAAUAAGGCCUUGUUGCAUCUGUGCAAAGGUACACAGGAUUAUUAUGCAAAUGAUUUUGCUGAAGAUAAACUCCCAACAAACCACAGCAGUGAUUUCAGAAGCAUCCUUUUCAACAUUAGAUGUCAGAUUCGACUUCGAUCACGUCUAGUGUUACAGAAUCUCGUAUAAAGGGCAAAUAAUGCUGUCAGCCUUUGAAUAUCCACUUUUCACAGCUGACUUAUUAUUUGGUCCAUGCAACAACACUACAGGAAAUUAAAUGUUCCUGACAGGCAGCAUUGCUUGCAUUCUUAACACAGUGGAGAUGUGUCCUCUCGGAAAAAAGUAAGAAUCAGAUCUGGCAGAGUUUGUAUGGCCUCCGGUGAUGCUCAUUUUUUACAGUCUCUCUUAAUUGAGUACUCACAGGUCCAUUUGUACGUAAUCAUUCCAACUUAUCGUUUCUGGUUACAAACAGAUCUCCCUCUUUUUUAACUCGACUUUUAAAGGUACAAGAAAAUCUAACGGCCACAUUCCAGCUGUGCCGAAGCUAAUGAUGCUUCAGCCAUCUCAGUCCCCCUAAAGCAAUCGAGUCUCUUCAUCCUGCUAAUCAGCGGUACGUUUGUUUAUCAGACUCUAAACUGACUCUGCGUUCCUCUUCAGCCUUUCUCAAACUCUUUUAAAGAAGCUCUUCAGCGUGAGACAUAUGGGUCAGAUGCAUGAAUACCUGUUGUGCUUGUUGUAGCUCCUCCUCGUAUUUUGUUGCCCCUCCAGUGUGGCACUCUACAUGCUUCAUGUUGGUGAAGAGAAGCAGUCUGCCUUUGCUGUCAGUGUGUUUGUCAAGCACGUGCAUCUGACAGAGGUUGGUGAACAUUCAAAUUGGAUUACUAAUAUAGGGCAUUUCUGUUUCUUUCUCUUAUAGUUUUCUAGAAAAAUAAUAUGAGAAGCAGCUCCUAGCAGAAUGAUCUGACUGUCAAAGUGUGGAUUGCAUCAGACUUUCUGAAGAGAAGAGUCCAUAUUCCUGUUUGUUUGUGUUGUGUUGUGCUCGAAGCAGGGUUCUUCUGUGGCUCCAAAACAGCUGGAUUACUUAGAAAAGUGAUCAUUUCCGGGUCUUGAUUGUGUUGGUUAUUGUACAGAAGUUCCGAAAAAGUACCGAAUAAAAUGUUAAGUCCUA